AUGCCCGACAUAAAAGGCGAUGCGAUCAUUUCACUCUCAACCACGGUUCUCAAACUCCCAUAUUCCCAUACCUCGCUCAUUUUCCUGAGCAAUCAAGCAGACGACAUGGCUGCUCUCACCUCCUCCGCUGUUGUGGCGCCUGCUGCCUUCCAGGCGGCCGUGCAGUCCUCCGCCGCCUCCUCCAAGGCGGUGUCCUUCUCCGGCCUCAAGGCUGGCGUCGCUAAGACUAGCGAGUUCGCCGCCAAGACCGUCUCCAACAGCAGCCGCGUCUCUUGCAUGAAGGUCUGGAGCCCGAUCAACAACCCCAGGUUCGAGACUCUCUCCUACCUGCCCGCGCUCUCCGAGGACAUGAUCGCGAAGCAGAUCCGCUACAUGCUCAAGAACGGCUGGGUUCCCUGCCUGGAGUUCGACGCCAGCGGCGUCGUGUACAGGGAGAACAACAGCGGCCCCGGCUACUAUGACGGCCGUUACUGGACGAUGUGGAAGCUUCCCCUCUUCGGCUGCAGCGACGCGUCGCAGGUGCUCCGUGAGCUGGCCGAGUGCAAGGCGAGCUACCCCGGCUGCUACAUCCGCGUUCUGGGCUUUGACAAUGUGCAGCAGGUGCAGUGCAUGAGCUUCAUCGCGCACAAGCCAUAA